AUGGCGAACCCCCAGGUUUCCUCCACCACUGGUAACACUACCAAUAAGCGCAAACGUGCUGUCGGCGAUCAGGAAAUCGGACGUGAAUCCAAGGUGCCCAACACGAAUGGCGAGCAUGAUGCUACCAGCUUCAGUCUUCUUCUGCAGAGUGACACAAUACUCGCAGAUGAUAACGCUCGAACUGCCCAAGCAGCUCUUGCAGCCCCCGGCAUGAAUCCACCCACCUAUCCCGAACCCAACCCAAACGACAGCAGCGCCGGUCUUCCAUUCACCUUUGACGGCGGAAGCCCCCCCGUUCAUGGUAUGAGUUCCGCUCAAGCUCUUGUUGAUGCUCGUGGCGGCGCCAAUGCCAGUAACCCGGGAAAGCCCACGGUGGGAAGCGCAGAGUGGCAUCAGCUUCGUAAAGACAAUCACAAAGAAGUUGAACGCCGUCGUCGCGAGGUCAUCAACGAAGGCAUCGAAAACAUCGCCAAGAUCGUGCCCGGCACCGAGAAGAACAAAGGCGCUAUCCUCCAACGCUCAUACGAAUACAUCCAGGAAUUCCACAACGAGAAGAACAAAUGGGACAAUGAGCGCGCUACCUUUGACAUCGCCAUCAAAGAACUGACCAGUCGGCUUGAUCGAAUGAAAGAGUCGGCGAGAACUGCGUGGGCCGAGUCCAGCAAGUGGCAAUCCAGAUGUCGCGAGGCCGGCUUGCCGUUCGACGACUAUGAUGACGGCGGGUUGACUAGGCUCGACGAUGAGGACGUCACUGCGACCCUCGGAUCAUGA